UCAUUUCAUUUUAACUACACACACACACACACCACAGAAGAAGAGCAGCAGGGCAGAAGAGAAGUUUGAUAUCUGUAUAUGAGUGAAAUGAGUCUGUUGUGAAGGUGAUUAUGGAUGAAGUGACUGGAGCUCAGCUGAUCGCUGCGGCGCUCAAAUCUCAGAAUGUGGAGUACAUGUUUGGCAUCGUUGGCGUGCCUAUCAUCGAGGUGGCCAUGGCCGCCCAAGCAGCUGGCAUCAAGUACGUGGGCAUGCGCAAUGAACAAGCAGCCUGCUAUGCUGCAUCUGCUAUUGGGUAUUUGACAGGAUGGCCAGCUGUGUGUCUGGUGGUGUCUGGACCUGGACUGAUUCAUGCUCUCGGAGGAAUGGCCAAUGCUAACGUGAACUGCUGGCCAGUCAUUGUCAUUGGCGGCUCAUCUGAUAGGAACCAAGAAACCACAGGAGCAUUUCAGGAGUUCCCUCAGGUUGAAGCUUGUCGUCUGUAUAGCAAGUUUUCUGCUCGACCAAGCAGCCUUGAGAUGAUACCAGCUGUAGUUGAAAAAGCUGUAAGGAGCAGCAUUUACGGCCGUCCAGGAGCAUGUUACAUAGACAUAGCUGGAGACAUGGUAAAUGCCAAAAUAGACCGGACCAGUGUCAGGUUUGUUUCCUGUUGUCCUGCUCCUCCUGUGAGUCAGGCUGACAGCAGGGAGAUCACACAGACUGUCAGGCUGCUCAAAGCAGCUCAGAGGCCUCUGAUCAUCGUGGGCAAAGGUGCGGCGUAUGCCAGGGCGGAGAAGGAGGUCCGGGAGCUUGUGGAGGUGACUGGAAUCCCCUUCCUUCCCACACCUAUGGGGAAAGGACUACUGCCGGAUGACCACUCCAACUGUGUUGCUGCAGCCAGAUCCAGAGCUCUAUUGCAGGCUGAUGUUAUAGUGCUGCUGGGUGCCAGACUCAACUGGAUCCUGCACUUUGGUUUUCCACCAAGAUUCAGUCCCCAUGUGAAAAUCAUUCAGGUGGAUCUAUGUGCUGAGGAGUUGAGUAAUAAUGUGAGAGCCGCAUCUGCUCUGCUCGGAGACAUACGGGCUGUGGUCAGCCAGCUGUUGGAGACCGUAAGAUUAGAGUCCUGGAGAUUUCCUUCUGAUUCACAAUGGUGGGUGACACUGAGGGACAAAAUGGCUGCCAAUGCUCAGAUAUCAAAGAAUCUUGCCCUCCAGUCCACUCUGCCCAUGAACUACUACACAGCGUUCCACCAUAUUUCUGAGCUCUUGCCCAAAGACUGCAUCAUAGUGAGUGAGGGAGCGAACACUAUGGACAUCGGCCGUACCAUGCUUCUCAAUUACCUCCCACGACACAGGUUAGAUGCAGGCACAUUUGGCACUAUGGGGGUGGGUCCAGGCUUUGCCGUUGCCGCAGCAGUUUUGGAGCAGACCCAGAAGAGCGCUCAGAGAGUGGUGUGUAUAGAGGGAGACAGCGCUUUCGGUUUCUCUGGCAUGGAGGUGGAGACCAUGUGCAGGUAUAAACUGCCCAUCAUCAUCAUAGUAAUCAACAACAAUGGCAUCUACAGUGGAGUGGAUCCAGAAACAUGGAAAGAGAUGGAACAGAUGGGAGACAUGACCACCAUUGCUCCUCCAGUGACCCUGCUGCCAGAGGCACGGUACGAGCAGGUGAUGAGUGCGUUUGGGGGUCGUGGGUAUCUGGUUCGAGCGGUAGAGGAACUCCGCAGUGCACUACAGGAGAGUCUGACAAACACAGAGAUGCCCAGCCUCAUCAACGUACUUAUAGACCCGGCCUCAGACCGCAAACAACAGGAGUUUCCCUGGCUGACACGGUCAAAUCUUUAAAAGCUGACAGAGGUAUCAGAUGUCGGAUCACACUGUAUCUUACACUACAUUUGGUCAGUUUACUGUAGGUGGCACCAUUUCCUAUAAAAAGAACCAACAAUUAAGAAACUGUACAUUUUAUAUGAUCUCAGUCUCUACUGACUGAAAUGAAUUUCCCUAGAUUCCAGGUCUUUCUGUAAAUACUUAAAAGAAAAAGUUCACCCAAAAAUGAGAAAUUCUGUUAUCAUUUACCUCAUGUCAUUCCAAAUCUGUUUGGUUUUGUUUCUUGUGGAACCCUAAGACCCUUUUUUUUUUUUUUUUUGAAGAUUUUCCAGCAGCUCUUUCUAUACAACCCUAGAAAUUAGUUCCAUCGUUCUGAAGUCAAUGGGUUUUUUUAAUGGAUUUUUGGUUAAAUGUCUGAAAUAAGGUCUGUGGUUAAAAUAAACUCAAGAUGUUGCUAACAAGUGGCUAAAUAGCACUACAGAUGUUAUUGGAGACAUUAAAGGGAUAGUUCACCCAAAAAUGAAAAUUCUGUCAUUUACUCACCCUCAAGUUGUUCCAAACCUGUACGAGUUUCUUUGUUCUGUUGAACACAAAAUAAGAUAUUUUAAAGAAUGUGGGAAACUGAACAGUUCUGGGGCACCAUUGACUUCCAUAGUAUUUAUUUUUCCUACUGUGAAAGUCAAUGGUGCCCCAAAGCAGCCUGGUUACAAACUUUCUUCAAAAUAUCUUCCUUUGGGUUCAACAGAAGAAAGAAAUUUAUACAGGUUUGGAACAACUUGAGGGUGAGUAAAUGAUGACAGAAUUUUCAUUUUUGGGUGAACUAUCCCUUUAAAUGCUGUCAUCACACUGAGCAGGAAAAAUCUUCUACUAUUCUAUGAAUAGUCCUUUUUUACAGCCUUGUUGUGUUUAUACUUGUGCUCUUGCAAACUAUAUUCUUACUCCAGCUUGUAGAUUUUAAAUAAAAAUUGAAAGAGUUGUUGGAAGCUUGGUGAUGGUGGUGUUGAAGUCAUGUGGCCAUGGUGUAGUUCAUUUAAAGCCUAAAUUUAACUUUUAUUGCUGGUGAUUGUAUUUUUGAUGAACGAAACAUGUAAGAAUCAUAAACUUUUGUUGUUCACAAAGCAUAUUUUAUGCAAUAAUCCAAAAGCCAAUGGAAAAAUCCUUGUUGAGGGAACCAGGGUGAUGCUAACUUCCUGGUUAACCUACAAAAAAUGUCAUCUCUUCAGUACUUUAUAGUGACCAUCUCAGUCAAACUAAAAAAAAAGUGAUUCAUAUGUUUUGUGUAAGUCUUCUACAGCUUUAUGUGAGGAAUAAGCUAAAAUGUAAAUCAUUAUUCGCUGAUAAUAUUCACGUCUUGCAUCUAGCCCGCAUUGUUUUGUUCCUUUUAAUAGCUUUGCAGCCGUGUUCACUAUGAACUGUCAUUCUGUGGAAAAGAGCGACGGGAAGAUUCUUCAAAAUAUAUAUUUUUUGUUCCACAGAAGAAAGAAAGUCAUACAAGUUUGCAAUGACAGUGAGUAAAUGAUGACAGAAUUUUUGGGUGAACAUUUCCUUUUAAAGAGAAAAUGCUAACAAUGUCAAAUAACAAGUUGUAACAAGGGACAUUUCUCUGGUUAAUACUAUCUAUGUUUGAUUAUUUUAUUUUACUUUUUUAAUUUCCACUGUAUGUUUAGAGUAUUUUAACCUCUGAUCUCAGGUCAGUGUUGUGCGCACUGCUCCAGAGGGCUUCUGUUUAAGCUCAUGUCAGUCUCUGGAUAAUUGAGGUCUUCCUGGCCUCAUCCUCUGCUCUUUCAUAAGGUAUCAUUACAGUGGUGCUUUAUCACAGAGUGAGAGAGCUUCUCCGCCUUGACCUUGGCAGAUCACACCAUUUUCACAUUUCCAGGUGUGGAAAUGUUCCCAACAGUUUUACAGCAUAUAAAAGACUUAUUAGAAGAACAAUUUUCACAGCCAAAUGUGUAAAGGUGAGAAUGACGGUAUUUGUGGCACAUUAUAAAAGCCUUGUAAUUUUGUUAAUUAUUGUGCACAAACAAAAAUGGCCUCAUGUACAUUGUUAUUGUAUAAAAAAAUAUAGUGAUUUAAAAAUAUUUUUCUAAUAACAACUUGAUAAAAAACAAUGAAUGUAAUUAGAUUUUCUUUGUAAGAUUUUGUUGGAAAAUUAAAAUGCAAUUCAUAAGAAGCCA